AUGGAGCUGCCCGAUCCGGUCCGCCAGCGGCUGGGCAACUUCAGCCGCACCAUGUUCAGCGACUCGAACCGGACCGGGCCGGAGAACGACGAGGGUCCGGAUGAAGACAUGGUCUCCAGCUUGGCGCUGCAGAUGUCGCUGUAUUUUAACACCUACUUUUUCCCACUUUGGUGGGUGACCAGCGUGGUGAUGCUUCAUAUGAAGUAUUCAAUCUUGCCUGACUACUACAAGUUCAUUGUGGUCACUAUUAUCAUUCUGGUCAGCUUGAUUGAGGCCAUCCGCUUGUACCUGGGCUACAUGGGUAACCUGCAGGAGAAGGUCCCCGAGUUGGCUGGCUUUUGGCUUUUGAGCCUUCUGUUACAGCUGCCUUUAAUUCUUUUCUUGCUCUUCAAUGAAGGCUUAAAGAGUUUGCCAAUGGAGAAAGCGGUGAAUAUCAUCUUCGUCCUCUUCCUCACUUUCCAAGUAGUCACAGCCUUUCUUACCUUGAAGAAAAUGGUAAAUCAGCUGGCGACCCGCUUCCACCUCCAAGACUUUGACCGGCUCUCUGCCAGCAGAGGGGACACGAGAAGGAUGAGGUCGUGUGUAGAGGAGAUUUGA